UUAUGUUUACUAGUAUCCUCCUUAUAAAUACCUGAUGUCACUCGUUUGCGUCCUCCGACGGCGAUUUGCGGGGGAGAAGAAGCUUCAGAGAGCUCCUGACACGAAAAUGCCUAAGCAAAUCAACGAGAUUAAGGACUUCCUCCUGACAGCAAGGAGGAAGGAUGCUCGGUCCGUGAAGAUCAAGAGGAGCAAAGACGUUGUCAAGUUCAAGGUCCGAUGCUCCAAGUAUCUCUACACCCUCUGCGUCUUUGACCAAGAGAAGGCUGACAAGUUGAAACAAUCUCUUCCUCCAGGGUUGAGUGUACAAGACCUGUGAGAUGAAACAAGCAUUGGCAGAUGAGAGGCUCCGUAUUGAGGUUUACGUUCAUGUUGAAACGAUCAGUUUGUUGAUGUGGCGCUCUACUCUACUUGUUAGGGGAUUUUGUUUUUUCCUCUUUUGAAUGAUUCAAAACUUGGUUUUGGUUGUUUACAUGGAGUGGAAGACGUGUUUUAAGUUUUUAAACAGGUUUGUUGUAUUCAUCAUCCUCCUAUUACAUCUCGAUUUGGAGUUUUAACACA